GUCGACAAAAUUCCUAUUUUUUUCGUGUAGUCGUCUUUCGUCUUGUUUUAAUUCUAACCUUUGAAAUAAUUAAAUAAUUCCCAUUUACAGUAAGAAGUGUAACUAGGGAAUAGUUAAACCAACAAUAUGGAAGGAUUUGAAAUAAGAAUAUCCAACAGCAAAAAGGGUAAGGGCCUGUUUGCGACGAAGCAGUUCAAUGAAGGUGAUGUUAUUUUGGCGGAGGAUCCCUUAGUUUCGUGUCAGUUUGCGUGGAACGCCACGUAUAGAUAUCUAGCGUGUGAUCAUUGCAUGAGGCCCCUAGAAACCCCUGAACAGAAUGUAAGACGUCUCUCAGCAAAGCCUGAUAUAGUCUUACCACAUUCAAAUUGCUUUGAAACAGACCUUCUGAAUAUUACGAGCUGUAAUCAAUGUGGUAUACUCUAUUGUUCCGAGGAAUGUAAGGAGAUCUCUUAUGCCAAAUACCAUAGAGUAUUGUGUUAUAUACAGAGUGAGACGCAGCAUCCUAUUAAUGUGUUAUUGGAGACAUGGAAACAAAUCCACUACCCACCAGAAACAGCAAAUGUAAUGUUGCUAGUAAGAAUACUGGCAUACAUCCAGCAACAUUCGGACCCUGAGUCGGCCGCUGCUACUAUCAAACAGUUCUGUCAUAGAACUGUGAACGAGGAUGCUGAGUUAGUUCACAAAUUGCUUGGAGACGAGUUUAGAAGUCAGAUUAACACCCUCAGAGAGAUAACUGCCAGCGUUAUAAAUGGGGAGUAUAUACAGGAGUUCUUAACGCCCGAAGGCUUCUGCUCUUUAAUGGCUCUAGUAGGAACAAAUGGGCAGGGCAUUGGCACAAGUCCACUGGCUCUAUGGGUCAAUUCCGUAUCAAACUUGACAAUGUCGGACGAUGAGAAACAACAGUUGGACAUGUUUAUUGACCAGCUGUACCAGUAUGUGGAAGAGGAAUCUGGUCAAUUCCUCAACACAGAAGGUUCUGGACUAUUCCUCUUGCAAAGUGCUUGUAACCACAGCUGUGCACCAAACGCUGAGUCGUCAUUCCCCUACGGCAACCACAGGAUAGAACUGAAAGCCAUCAAAACCAUCCUUCCUGGAGAGGAAAUAUUUAUCAGCUAUCUUGAUGAGUGUGCGUUACAGCGAUCUAGGCAUUCAAGGCAGAAGGAGUUAGCAGAGAACUACCUAUUUAUAUGCUGGUGCGAGCGCUGCGUGGCGCAAGGCUCAGAGCCCGACUGCAGCAGCGAGGAGGACAUGAGCGAAGAAGAGGAGGAUGCGGAUGACUGAUGCUCUAACUUCCUCGCCCUGUGUCUGCUAGGCCUCUGAGACACUGGAGUGAAGUGGAAGUGAAAAGUGAACAGGAAGUGAAUAGAAAGUGAACACAAAGUGAACAGAAAGUAAAGUGAUAGAAAGAGAGAGAGAGGCUUGAUGUAAACUGACACAUGUUAAGCAGGGAAAUAAAGAUUUUGUCACUUAUUGAACUUGAACAUUCUGUUUUAUCAUUGUUAUUAAAUUUAAUACUUUUGUUUUGAUUUUUGCUUAUCUGUAAUAAUGCCCAUAUUAAGCAUUUGCUUAAAAAAUUAUAACCAUUCUUUCGUGGAAUGUUUGCUUCACCCAUUUACCAAGUUCCAGGUAUUUUAUAGGAUAUCAAAAUAUUAUCUAUUGUUGGACAGUUAAAUAAAUUUUAAUUAAGGGAUGUUUUACAAUAAAUGGAUAACAUAUUUAAAGCCUUUUUGCAUACAACAUUUUCAUGUG